UUUUUCGUUUUUAUUAGAGAACAACUUACAUUUCAAGCCAGCAUUUGCUUUUUUCUCUCUUCCAUUCGCUUCCCUUUUUCACUGUAGCUGUAAACCCGUUUGUUCUGCUUGUUGCUUAACCCUUUUACCGAUUUUUUUUUCUUUUCUUUUCCUUUCUUCAACAUUUGGUCCUACCCUCCCAACAAACGACUUGUGCAAUGAAAAGAUAUGCUCAAUCCACCUCGAAAAAUUUCAAUACAGGUGCCUGAAACUUCCAUCAAGCCACGGAGCCGAUUCUCACAACUGGAAGAUGCAGUCAUCUGCGAAGGGGUUGCCAAAGGAUUGUCUUGGGGAGAAAUAUCUGCUCAAUUACCCCAUCGCAAGCGUGCUACUUGUUUCAAUCGAUAUUAUACUUUGAUGGGAAAGCGUAGACCCCAUAAAAGGAGAGCUUCCUCGGUUGAUAGUACAGCAACAUCUUCAUCCCCUCCAUCACCACCGCUAACACCCGAUGCUAUUAAUCAUAAUUUUGAGACAGCCAUCCGCAAGAAAACAGUCCAUCCUCCACCAUCAUCAUCCGAUACACCAAUACAAUCUUACCAUCGUCACAUAUCUGCAUAUAUUUACAAAAAGUCAACAGCUGGACAAACAAAACCUUACAGUAGUUUGUUCAGACGAAAAUCAACGGGUUUCUGAUCAAAUAUGUAAAUGGACGAAAAAUGAAAGAACAGAAUACUUUUGUAUACCCCACAGCAGCAGCCUU